AUGAGGUCAGAGCAGUACGUGAGCAGGCAGCAGUCUCUCCUAAUGGGAGUGGCACCAGAUGACUACUCAUCAACCCUCAGUGACCACCACAGCCCCUCCUCUAUCCCCAUUUGUCCCAGCCCCAGAAUGAUCACUGGCUGCCCCAUUCCCGCUGUGCCUCCAGCCGGCCAAUCAGUGCCCCACGUUCAGACUCCGCUGUCAGACCCCAGCCAACCCCAGCCUCCACUGCAGGUGGCGAAGGAGUGUCCACAGAGUGCCAAGCCGCCCAGCGGGUCGAGGUCUGGUGCGCGCAGCACCGGCAGCAUCAGCUGCUGUUUGCCCUCUCAGCAGGACAAGAAACAGAAGCUCAGCUCUGCCAGCGUCGGAGGGCAAACAGUUGCCAAGCAGCCGAAGAAUGGCCGCCAAAAAUCCACCAACGGCUGGAGGCCAGUUGGCCUGCCCUUUGAGAAGGAGGUUUUCUCUGUGGGAGAGGACUCUAUGGUGCUGAGGAAGUGUUUUGAGGGAGUCCACAGGGAUGGGGAUCUGAUUCGGGUCAGAGACACUGUUCUGCUGAAGUCUGGACCUAGAAAAAAGUCUCUGCCUUACGUGGCCAAGAUCUCAGCUCUGUGGGAGGAACCAGAGUCAGGAGAGCUGAUGAUGAGUUUGUUUUGGUACUACCGUCCAGAACACACACAGGGAGGGCGUAACCCCAGCAUGCAUUGUGAGAAUGAGAUCUUUGCAUCUCGUCACCAGGAUGUGAACAGUGUGGCCUGUAUCGAAGACAAAUGCUAUGUCCUAACACUGGCACAGUAUUGUCGAUUUUGUGCCUUGGUAAAACGCCGUAGGGAGGGCGUAUGCGACAGUGUCGCCUCCCUUGUGGUGCCACCCGUUGUUGGCAAUGCCAUGCCCACCCACCACUGUGUGCCGGAUGACGUCGACCCAGAGAUGGUGUUUUUCUGUCGACACGUCUAUGACUUCCGCUAUGGACGCCUCCUCAAGAACCUGCAGUAGAAUCUGACCAGUCGUGACACAUUAUGCUACGGGACGUGAGAUAAUGUUACUCUGGUUUCAUCGUCCACAAAUUUUAAUUAGCUACCUGCUGCCUCUGUGAGAGAGGAACUGGAGUGUAGGACAAAAGGAUUUAGAGCUCAUUUUGAUUUGAAUUCUCAUGCUUUUACUUCCAUGCCACACAUUUAUUAGGUAAAAGCAAUGGUCUGACAUAAUGUGUAAGAGUUAAUAUGGCAGUGUAAAUGGUCUUUAUCAUAGAUGGCUCUCUGGUGUUGUAGCAGCUGUGUGAAGAACACGGAACAUACUCUGCUGUAGAAAAUGCUACUGCUCUUAGAAAUGUGACAUUUGAUAGAUUAUAUGCAGAGAAGUUGAUGUUACAUGUGAAUAAUGCUACUAUCUGCGUGACAGAUGAGAAUCUGAGGCACACCGUGCCACACUGGUCCUUGUGAAGAGACUAGAGAAAAGAAAUUUCUCAGUGGCUGAAGACUUAAUCACAUUUUUUGUCACUAGAUUUCUCUGUAAUAUGCAGUUUCUUAGUGUCCAACCUGAGGACACGGCAUACAGACGAUUUUACUGGAAAGAUUCUAAACAUGCAUCUGUGUUUAAACUGAUGAGGAAUAGUUACACAUUUUGGGAAAUGUGCUUGAUGCUUUUGUUUUCAGAGCACUGAAUGAUUGAAUGAAU